CCGCCGCCGCUGCUCUUGCCAUGGCCACCGAGAGCGAAUCCGGCCGCCGUUACCGCUGCUGCUGCGCACAGGAUACGCUCGAUGGCCCUAAGGCUGCUGAGCCCCGAAGUGACAGCAGUGGCCUCCGCCGGGGCUCCCUCUGUGAUCGUCACUGUGCCAUCAUCAACAACGUGCAGGGUGACCUGAGUGACCUGGGCUGCCACCUCCACCACCCUCGUUUCCCCCCAGCCAUGUGCUCCCCGUCCUGCUGCCAGCAGCACUCGGAUGAUGUCUGUGAGAGCUGCAUGAUGAAGACCACCCUGACGGCAGAAAAUGCUGUGGAGGCCAACAAGCUCUCCAACAACUACAAGUUUGGCUUCAAGAAAUGGAAGAGCCACGUGACAGCGCGGCCCUGGGAGGACCGAUCGGAGAUCGUCAAGGAGCUCUACUCUGACCUCAACGUCAUCCGAAGCUCUGGAGGGUCCUCAGUGACGUGUGGGAAUGUCCUCUACCUGCUGCUCUUUGGCUGGUGGCUCUCAUUGCUCUAUGUCCUCCUGGCUGCUGUUAUGCUCAUCACCAUUGUGGGAGCUCCUUAUGGGCAGCUCUGCUGGGACCUGGCUGGGUAUUUUCUCUGGCCCUUCGGCAAAGUGAUUCAGAAAGUGGAGGUCCCCAAAUCCCGCCAGGCACUGGGUGCAUGCGAGGCCAGCGCAGGGGAGACUUCACCUCUGCUCAGUGGCCCCGUGCCACGCCGCUGGCGCCCACAGUGCUGGGCAGAUACCAAGCACUGGCAACGUGCUGGCACCGUGGCAUGGCUGUGCCUGGGCUACCCACUACUGGUGCUGGCCCAUGGGCUGGUGUGUGUUACCGCGUGGCUCCUCAUCAUCCUCAUCCCUGUGGCCAAGCUGAGUGCUCGCACCGUCACCAGUGUCCUGCUCCAGCCCCCAGACCAGGUCCUCAUCCGGCGCCUGAAGAUGACAGAGGCCCCUCUGGAGGGGGAGGUGAUCCUCUGCUGCUACCAUGCUGUCAACCCCUACUACUACAAAUAUGCCGUGGAUGGCAUCAACGUCUUUGCUGUCAACCUCUUGCUCCUGGUGCUGCUGACGCUGGUGCUGGGCUACGUGGACAGCCACAACCGCCUGACCAGUUCCUCCAUCAAGUUCACGCUGGCCUUGCUUUCCAUCAUGCCUCUCUCCUACUACAUCGGGAUGGCCAUUGCCAGCAUCUCGGCCCAGAGCAACUUUGCGGUGGGAGCAGUGGUGAACGCCACCUUCGGCUCCAUCACGGAGCUCACCUUCUACAUCACAGCCCUCAUCAAGGGCUCGCGAGAGGGCAACCGCUGCUAUGCCGAGGUCGUCAAGUCGGCGCUGACGGGGACGCUGGUGGGCUGUGUCCUCUUCGUCCCGGGUCUUUGCAUGGUGAUUGGGGGCAUCAGGCACCAGGAGCAACGGUUCAACAGCCGCUCGGCGGGUGUCAGCUCGGCCCUGCUCUUCCUCUCUGUGGGAGGUGUCUUUGCCCCGACGCUCUUCUCCAAGGUCUAUGGGAAGCUGGUGUGUGGUGAGUGCCACAACAUCACCCAGAACCCAUUGGGCCACUACCUCUGCCACAACUGUCACUUUGACCUGAUGGAUAACAAUGGCACCCUCUACUACAGUCAUGUCCAACCCUUGGUGUACACAGUGUCCCUGCUGCUCCCAGCUGCCUACCUCAUCGGUCUCUUCUUCACCCUGAAAACUCACUCGCACAUCUACGACAUCCACAUCAGUGACUGUCACAUGCCUGGACACCACCACAGUGCUGUGGUCCACUGGUCUCGUUGGCAGGCCCUGGUCAUCCUUCUGCUCUCCACCCUUUGUAUGUCAGCCUGUGCUGACCUGGCCACAGAGCACAUCAGUCCCAUCCUCACUAACUCCACUAUCUCACAGUACUUCAUUGGUGUCACCGUGCUGGCAAUGGUGCCUGAGCUGCCAGAGAUUGUCAAUGGCAUCCAGUUUGCCCUGCAGAACAACCUGAGCUUGAGCAUUGAGAUUGGGAACUGCAUUGCUGUCCAGGUCUGCAUGCUCCAGAUCCCCAUCCUGGUGCUUUUCACCAUCUUCUAUCCAACCAACUUCAUGCUUGUCUUCAGCGACCUCCAUGUCUAUGCCAGCAUGUUCAGUGUGGUGCUGAUGAACUACAUCUUCAUGGAUGGCAAAUGUGACUAUUUCCAAGGCACAGUGUUGGUGAUGGUCUACUUCAUUCUCCUGGCUGUGUAUUUCUUCGCCCCAUCGCCCAGUGGUUGCUGAGGUUUGGACUCUACUGUCUCCAACCCUCUUGUUGUGUUCAACACCUGUCAAGGUGUUAACUCGGUGUCUGAGGGACUUAGCUGGGCUGGCUCCGGUCUGGAAGCACAUUUGACGCUCCUGCUGCCUGGCUCCCCCAGUAGGGUGCCAACAGGGCUUUGGCUUCAGUGAUGGGAAGAAGGGUGGUGGCCACAGAAGCGCUCCUGAACCAAGAAGGAACCUCGGUGCCACUUCACAGAGGUUAUUUCCAGCCCACGCUUGUGUGGUUGGAAGGAACAUUGUCUGCAGUGGAGGGUCUUGAAGGAGGUUUGUGUGGUCUUGAGCACAGACCCUUCCCUUGGGAUGUUUUGCACUGGGAGAAGGUGCCUGAGAAGAGCCUUUUGUCCUUCCAGGCAGUGGGUGAUCCCUGACCUGGAAGGGACUUGAGCCUGGGGAUCACACAGGGCUUCUUGACGGUACCAGAAAUGCACCAAAAGGUAUUUUCCAGCCAUUUUGUCAUUAAAGCAGUUUUGUAGAAACCAGGAACGAGCUUGGUUUCUCCUUAAACAAACCUUUGGGCACCUCUCCAGGCCCCUCUGUGCCUACCACCCAAGUUA